GAGUUGUUGCAAUUUACAUAACUGUAUUUUUAAAGUAUAGCUUUGUGAUUAUAUGUAAUAAGUACAUUUAAACUAAAUAGGGAUUUUUGUGUUAUAGAUCGAUUGCACGACGUUCUUGUGCAGCACUUACGUUUUACAAAGCAGAAUAUCUAACUUUGAUAACUUGCACCUAGUAUUACGCAGUCGACCAGCUACAAACCAAAUAAUGGCAUCUCAAUUGAAAUCAGUGUUCCAAGUACAUGUAUGAUCAUGAAGCACGCCGUUUCCUAAAUUGACCGGUUAGGCAUAUUCUGCAUAUUUCUUCAAAAUCAACGACAGAAAUAAACAAAACGGUAACAAGAUUAUGAAUGAAUCGAGGCUAAAUAGGACAUUGGUUGUUUUAAUCAUAUACAUUGUGGCGACUUUAAUGUUGGCUUUUAAGAUCUCAAGCAUUCCACAAAUUCAUACACAGUAUCAUAGGGCAAACAAGCAUGUAAACCGGACGGAUGACCAUGAAGCAAGCCAACAAACUCAUGUUUGUGAUCCAAUAUCUAAUGUUUUAACGAAAAGUGUAAAACCAGAUCCUAAUAUCAGAGAAACUACAUGCAAUUGCUGUUUCCAACAUAAUUAUGAUUAUUUGAUAAAUAAUAGAAACAUUUGCAAAACGUCUCAACCUGAUCAGGAUAUUGAUCUAUUUAUGAUGAUUUUCACGGAGCAUUCUAAUUUUGAAAAGAGGCAAGCCAUUCGACAAACAUGGUUGACUAUUGCUAAAGGUAACACGGCUAACGUACGGUAUGUAUUUUUACUCGGAAAAGUGAACGAUGAUCUACUUACUAAAAAUAUUGCUCAAGAAAAUAUACUUUACAGAGAUAUUUUGAAGGAGGACUUCAUUGACACGUACAAAAAUCAAACACUUAAAACAAUUAUGGGGUUUAAAUGGAUAGCAAAUUAUUGCCGCACAGCUAAAUAUGUCAUGAAAAGCGAUGAUGAUACUUUUAUAAACGUGCCGAACAUACUGAAUUAUAUAAAAAAUUCUGGCAAGGGUCUUCAGACACAGCUAGUCGGUUCCUGUAGAAACGAUGGACCAAUUAGAGAGUUAGAUUCUAAAUGGUAUGCGUCUGAACAGGACUAUAAACAAAGUUUAUACCCGUGGCAUUGCUCAGGAACUGGGUAUUUUACAAGUUUUAAAAUGAUAGAAAAGAUCUACAAAAUAUCGCAAUAUGUGCCGUUUUUCUGGAUAGAAGACAUUUACGUUUCACUUUGUUUCAGAAAAAUUGGUGGAACGGUAAAAAAUGUAAAAGGAUUUUACCGUAGCAGACAAAUGUUAUAUUCAUGUUUAUAUAAGGGGGAUAAAUUAUUCACGUCACAUAAAGUUACACCUGAAAUGGUUAGACAGGUUUGGAAUGCUAAAUGCAAAACCGCUAAAUAUAAAUAGAAUUGUAAAUAGCGGAUAUGUGGUGUACAGAUGAUAGCUGUCACACAGUUAAAACUAUUCUAAAUGACUUGUAGAGUAUAAAAUGUUGGACACAUGGAGAAGAAAGACACGGGCGGGCACAAUAGUAGAUCCUUAACUUAAACCUUUUAUUGGAAGCGAAGCUUUCCCGUAAGAAAACAAUUCUACAUAACAAACGGGGACAUAAACACACAGUAGUUUUGUGCAUGUGAUUCGAAAUACACCUUAACCACUUAUUGAGAGAGAUCCACAUUCAAGUAAGGGUACUUUAUACAGUAACAGCAGUGUUUACAACAUAUAGAAAUCACGAAAGCAAUAAAACAUCGUAUUAGAUAUCAACAAUGCUUUCCCUCUCUCUCUCUCUCUCUCUCUCUCUCUCUCUCUCUCUCUGUCUCUCUCUCUAGAGUGAGAAAGAGAGCAAUGAUGGCUGCAGCAUGAGAGCUGUCUCGGGAAAUUCAUGUCUCUGGCCGUUCUCCUUUAAUCUCAUGUUUGGAUAGCCUAAACCCUUGGAUACCUCAGACGAUUUGUUAAUAUCCUUGCGACCUUGAAUCGUUAGUGUUUCCUGUACAUAUGAAGUAAUGUAUUAGUUUGUCGCUGAAAAUCAGUACUAUACUUAGCCUUCUGAACAUUGCAACGUUAUAAUUUGAACAAAUACUUCAAUAUGUUUAUACCAAAUAAAUGCCAUUGUGUUGAUAAAUACAAAUAGAUAGGAUAUCUCAUUUUAUUUCAUUAUUACUAUUUUUGCUGAAACAAGUGAAUUCCUGUAUUAUCCUGUUAAUAUGUCGUACAGUUGAAACCAAUAUAGUUUAAGUUUAUUGUCUCAAAACGUAACACCAAUAUAACAGUGUUACAUUUUAAUGGUAUUAUGCUACAAUCGCCAAUGUUUCAAGUGUGUGCGGAUGUCUCUAAAUUGCUUUUUGUAUUUUUAGUAUGUGUAAAUGUUGAGUUCUGCUCAACCCGGGGCUAGAGGGCGUGGACGGUAGCAUGUAUUUCCACUACCGUUCAUCAACAGGCUCAAUCAAACCGAGCCUGCAACAUUUUCGUUUUUGUCUUGUUGGGCGACCUGUGAAGUUUCCACUUUUCUCUGUUGGAAUUCUACAACUGCAAUUGUAAUUUUUGUAUUUGGAGUUAGGUCGUACAAGUUUACUUAAUAAAAGGUUGUUAUGUAUAUUACGGUACUGAUUUAAGUUAUUAGAAUGUGAUUUUAUAAAAUAAAUGAAAAUUGUGUACAA